AUGUACAUAUUUGUCUUUCUCCCUUUUGCAGGUGAGGCAGCGCUAAGAGGGGACCCCAGAUUCCAGUCCUUGUCGCUAUCCUCGUCUUCCUCCUCGUCGUCCUCUUCUUCCUCAAUCUCCAGCCACAGGACUGGCCCUCCUCCCAUCAGCCCCACCAAGAGGAAGAUCAGUGGGGACCAGGGGGACAGUGACAUGGAUGACAAUGAGCACGUAGCUAAGAUGAGUCGCCUGUUUGCUGCACAGCUGAAACCGACAGACUACCGCAGCUCCCCUGUUGUGAAGGACCAUCGGCGGAGUCCCAGCGAGCGCAUUGUUGUUCCUGUUCAUCUGGGGGUCCAAGCCAACCACCUGUAUGGCCACGGCCACCACCACCACCACCACCUGGCCUCGUUAGCAGGCAUGGACCAACCUUUGGCGCUUACCAAAAACAGCAUGGUGGCGACGCCACGCAGCAGCACAGCAGCCAUGGCCUCGGUGGCGCACACAGUCAGCGCAGUGGAACGGCAGCAGAAUCGUCCAUCGGUGAUCACGUGUGCUGCAGCCAACAAUCGCAACUGCAACCUGUCGCAGUGUCCCGUCUCCCACAACGGAUGCUCCAACUUCACCAACAACCACAGAAAAAUCAACACCAACACGGACUGCGACCCUGUUAUCGAGGAACAUUUCCGUCGCAGCCUCGGGAAGAACUACAAGGAGCCCGAGCCCACCGCCACCAACUCUGUGUCCAUCACUGGCUCUGUGGACGACCACUUCGCCAAGGCGCUGGGCGAGACCUGGCUGCAGAUCAAAAACAAGGGGAGUCCCUCGUCGUCCGGCAGCAGCCCAAACUCCUCUCCCGACAGUCGCAUGGUCAAUCACAACCACUCCCCGUCUGUGGUCUCUUGAAGGCAGAGAGGAUCCCCCCCCACCCCCUUCUCAUCCAAUCAUCUCAGCUCCAAGGUCCAUGCCCCUGCCAUUUUGGUCUGUCACCAGCUCCCAAGAGGGACUGCCUGCCUGCUGGUCUGCUAAAAACAGCCAAAACCCUCAAGCCUGCUCAGUCACUGUGGAUCACUCAAGCAAUAAAGACAUGCUCACCUCCCUUCCAUUAUCUGGCUCUGCCGGACAAAAAUCAGUUCUGACUGAGGAAGAUUCAAAAGCGGAACAUGACUGGCGCAUCAGCUUGCUCCUUCCAGUUUUUCAUCACCCCUGCAUGGUUGGCUUGGAGCUGAGCAAGUGUUUGUAGUUUUAUGUACAUAAGAAGAGGAAAGACUGUUUUAAUUAUUCACUUUCUUCUUUGUUUUUUGUUUUUUUGUCUGUUUUGCUAACAAUAGUUCUGUAAGCUGAUUCUGUUCUGACAUGCCUGGCCUUUUUUGAAUGAAAAAUGAGAAACACACCUUAGAACGCAAUCACAGUCCACCUUACCAUGCUACCAAAGAAACCUCAACCCCUGUUAUUCAGUGUCCACCUUGAAAAA